AGCAUGUCUGGUCGUGGCAAGGGCGGGAAGGGGCUGGGCAAGGGUGGUGCUAAGAGGCACCGCAAAGUUUUGCGUGACAACAUCCAGGGCAUUACCAAGCCUGCGAUCCGACGCUUGGCUCGCCGCGGCGGGGUGAAGCGUAUCUCGGGGCUGAUCUACGAAGAGACCCGCGGGGUGCUGAAGGUUUUCCUGGAGAACGUGAUCCGCGAUGCGGUGACCUACACCGAGCACGCCAAGCGCAAAACCGUGACCGCCAUGGAUGUGGUCUACGCCCUGAAACGCCAGGGGCGCACCCUGUACGGCUUCGGGGGCUGA